AUGCAGGAUCCCAGGGCAUUGGUUGCGGAGAAGCCCUUGACGGAAGCACAGUGGUUGGUGCGACUGAUCUUCCUCGAGUCUAUUGCCGGUGUGCCUGGAAUGGUGGCGGGAAUGCUCAGGCAUCUAUCAUCGCUAAGGCGUAUGAAGCGGGACAAUGGCUGGAUCGAGACACUGUUGGAAGAGUCAUAUAACGAGAGGAUGCACCUCCUCACGUUUAUGCGCAUGGCUCAGCCGGGGUGGUUCAUGAAAACCAUGAUCAUCCUUUCUCAGGGCGUCUUCUUCAACGCCCUGUUCCUCACCUACCUGAUUUCUCCCAAGAUCACACAUCGUUUUGUCGGCUACCUCGAGGAAGAGGCAGUCCAUACAUACACGCGCCUUCUCGGUGAAAUCGAGAGAGGUGACUUGCCCAAGUGGUCUGAUCCCAACUUCCCCGUUCCACAGAUUGCCAUCGAGUACUGGCGCCUGCCCGAGGGAAAGAGGACGAUGAAGGAUCUAAUCAUGUACAUUAGGGCAGAUGAGGCCGUUCACCGGGGAGUUAACCACACGCUGAGUGGUUUGAAACUAGAUGAUCCAAACCCAUUUGUCAGCGAGUUCAAGGCUGCUGGCAAAAGGCCAAAUCCGGUGCUGAAGCCAACAGGCUAUGAACGCGAAGAGGUUAUCGGAUGA